UAACGGCAAAAUGACAGCCCGUGGUGGGUUUUCACCUGAAGUGAGAGAUUUGGCUGAUUACCGCGACUGCGUUACCACAAAGGGUAGGCAAAUUGCCGAUCAACGUUUCCAGGAGUACGCAAAAGAAGAUUUAUUUUUCGAUGCUGGCUGCGUUGAUAGGCUGGCUGUGUUUCAUCAACUCAACGUGAUGUUAAAAGAUGCGAAAAAAAAUGAACUUACGCUUAAGCAGUUAUUUGAUUCAUGGAAAGAAGGAAUCGCACUUGUCUCAGGCGUUGUAGGUGCUGGGAAGACCACUCUACUCAUGUACCUAAUGCUACAGUUUUCUGGUCCUCAGUCUGCCGUACCAGACUAUCUCCAAUGCUUUAAAAUCGUCGUGUUCAUUCAGUGCAGGGACAGAGAUAAUAAAAAUUUAGAGGAAGUGGUCAAAGGUCAUUUUGGAGUUUUGUGCAAGGAAAUGACAGCAGAAGAUAUUCUGCUAACUCUCCAGCAGCUCCCCGUGUUGUUCCUGGUUGAUGGAUUCGAUGAACACAACGAAGUAUCAAUGGCUGUGUUGCGCGAGCUGUUGGAUAAAACAUGGCACCAGGACUCCCGCAUUCUCAUUACGACUUGUCCUCAGGCUAUCGAGGAUCUUAAGUACUUGUUGAGAAAGAAAUGCAAGGUUUCAGAGGUGUAUAAUAUCCUGCAAAUCUCAGAGCUACAAAAACAGCUGGAUUUUAUCGAAAAGUAUGGAGAACAUCUGACCAAGAGCCGUGAUGCCGCACUAGCGAUGCGUGAACGAUUCUCCAAGCUAAACCCGGAAGUGCAAUCAUUAUUCACAGAGCCAAUUCUUUUGCUGUACUUCUGCUCUAUUUUUAAAAAGACUCCAGAAAAAAUUGACCAAUGGAGCCGCUUGAACGACCUGUCCAUGGAAAGAUUUGAACUUCAAAAGAUCGUCAUGAAAGCAAAGCUGAGCGAUAAAGGUGUCCUUGACCCAGACCUUCUCAUUGACGAACUUUUGAGAGUCAUUGGCAAGUGGGCGUUGGAGUUCCUUGCCAGCAAUCAUGUUACCUUCACAUCCUCCGAUGUCUUAACAUUGAAGCAACAGUGCCGUGACAUAAUAAAAGAUCACUCCUCCAUCAUCGAAGUAGGCACUGAAAUGUUCCUCAACGCAAUGCUUGUCGUGGAGAAAUCGUUGUCCGGAAGCAAGGUUACGACUUAUUCUUUCCCGCACAAGUCCGUCCAAGAAACUGCGGCAGCAAACUAUGUUGCUAGGCAGAUGAUGCUCACUGAAGAUACACUUCAAGAGAUCCUGGGAGUGGAGCCGACAGAGAACGAAAGGCUGCGCGAGGUGCUGCUGUACGUGGUGGGGGCCCUCAGCAGGGACAGCCCCCGCCACCUCACGCGGCGGUGGGGGGAGCUGAAUGAGGCGCUGCUGCACGUGGUGGUGGCCCUCAGCAGGGACAGCCCCCACGACCUCAUGCAGCGAUGGCCGCAGCUGAAGGAGGCACUGAGGGAGGCCCGCCUCACCGGCGACGAUGUGAUGGACUGCGUCGAGUUCUGCAGUCCCGACCACGCGGGGACGGUGGCCGAGCUCGCCGCACUGACGAAGGGCGAGGAGACGUGGCACGUCACGAACGGUGGGUGA